AUGUCGCUCUAUACGCCCAACGGCUACUGCGCGCUGCUCGUCACCGCCAACGACACGACCAAGCCCGCGCUACGCCCCACCUACCUCGACCAGUCCGACCCGUCCUCCGGCACCGACGCGCAGUGGGCGCUGAUCGGCCGGUACAGCAUCGCCGGCGCGGGGCCGUACCGCCUGUCCAACGUGACUGCGGUCGCCGGCAACGGCACCGCGGGGUCGGACGACGAAGAAGGUCCGCAGGGGACUGUGACGGGGGAGUUUUUGACGGCGACGCUGCCGAGUCGGGAGGGGCCGUUUGAGUUUACGUUUCGGUUUUAUGAGGGGUGUGGGGUGUGGAAUUUGCAUCAGAGUGUGGGGGAGGAUGCGGAGAGGGUGGCGUGGUAUGAGAGGUUGCCGGAUCGGGAUGUGUAUGGUUAG